AUGCGAUUUAACCUAAGCUCACUCGGGCUAAGCUCCCUCUAUGCAUCGUUGCUCUCUUUCUAUUCGGGCCAGGAGUCGAGUUCAGUAACUCAUCGCCCUGUUCUCCCGCCAUCUUACCCGCUAGCGGUACGCAACCCGUAUCUAUCGGCAUGGAUGCCCAGCGACCGAGUACAGCAGCUUCCCUAUGCCGAACCCCAAUUCUGGGCUGGCCAAGACCUCGGCUGGUCUGUAAUUGUCCGUGUAAAUGGUCAGGCAUAUAGUCUGAUGGGCGUGCCAGACGCGGACGCGAACAAUAUCCGCCCUGCGACAGUGCGUCGUGCUGAGUUUACUGCGACACAUUCAAUAUUUGAUCUCACGGCUGGCCCCGUGGCAAUCACGCUAGAUUUCUUGUCGCCUGUGUCGCCCUCGAACUAUGUUCGGCAGUCGCUUCCUUUUAGUUAUUUAACUGUGCAUGUGUCUAAAUCGCGAGGUCAUGAGAUCCAGAUUUAUUCGGACAUCGAUGCUAGGUGGACUGGCCAAGAAAGCCGCUCACAGCGCGACUUCGAAGAGAAAAACGGCCUAGCCAUCUACUCACUCACCAUCGAAGACGCACCGCUGUAUGCCGAGGCAGACGACAUGGCUCUUUGGGGCUCAGCAAUCCUUGCCUCUCAAUCUUCUAGCUUCACUCAAUUGUCCGCCCUCUCGGGAAGCCUCAAGGAUGUACGAGGUCAAUUCGUCCAGGCCGGUGAACUAUGUGGCGAGGACAGUACCUGGGGCGAGGGAAGUGUUAUCGCAUUGGCCCACAAUCUUGGCAAAGUCACUGGUGGGCUUUCUGUGAACUUCGUGGUCGGGUACGAGAGAGAAGCCGCCAUCAACUACCUGGGAGAAGCGUACACAGGUUUCUAUCGUGCAGAGUAUCCGACCACAUCGAGUGCCCUCUCGUUCUUCUUGGAUGACUACAGCGGCGCAUUGCUGGAGUCAUUGAAACUGGAUCAGGAGCUGGUCGCAUUAUCUGUCGCCGCUGCAGGUCCCAAGUACGCGGAUAUCCUAGCUCUUUCGACCCGACAAGCAUACGGAGGAAUCGAACUGGUUAUUCCCAAUGGCUCUCUCGACACCGGCGAGGUGUUGGCUUUUAUCAAGGAGCUUUCGAGUAAUGGAAAUAUCAAUACCAUCGAUGUGAUCAUGCCCGCCUUCCCAAUCUACUAUGUCAUGGAUCCAGAUUACAUCCGACUGUUGCUGGAACCCGUAAUGAAGUACCUUGCUGCUGAUCGCUGGCAUUUGCCAUACAUGAUCCAUGACCUUGGUACUCAUUAUCCCAAUGCCAUUGGUCAUGAUGACCAAGAAGCAGAGCCAAUGCCCAUCGAGGAGUGUGGAAAUCUGCUUAUCUUAGUUGCUGCAUAUGUUCGAGCCACUGGCGAUAUCGACUGGACUUCGCAAUAUAUGGAGAUUUUCCAGAAGUAUGCAGAUUAUUUGGUGGAUAAUAGUAUUGAUAUUGCUAAUCAGUUAUCGUCGAAUGAUGCAGCUGGACCUCUCGCCAACGAGACAAAUCUGGCAAUUACGGCUGCAGUUGGCCUCAAGGCGUUUGGGGAGAUGAGUGGAUAUGAAUUCUACUCCCGUGUUGGUGAGCAGCAUGCCAAUAUCUUCUUCCAGCAGGGCCUGGGAACAGACAAAGACCAGACACAUUUCGUUCUGGAAUAUCCUGACUGGCCAGCUACUUGGAAGACACCGUACAACCUCUUCCCUGAUGUGUUGCUGGGUCUGGAGGUAUUCACCGACGCUGUCUAUCAGAUGGGAAAUAGCUUUUUUAGAUCUGUUCGUGGCGAAUAUGGUGUGGCUCUCGAUAACCGCCAGGACUGGGCCAAAUCAGAUUGGAAUAUGUGGCUGGCUGGCACCUUUGAGACUAGAACCAGAGACGAGUUUGUCGAUGACCUGUGGUCAUUCAUGACCAACGGAAAACACAAGUGGCCUUUCUCUGAUCGGUAUGUUGCGACUUCUGCGCAUGGAAAUGAGCCGGGAGUUCCUAUCUUGUGUCGGGCCCGUCCAACUGUUGGUGGACAUUUUGCGUUGUUGGCACUUGAGGGUCCUCGAUCCAUUCAGUCCUUAUCAUGUCGAGGUCAAGCAGCGUCAGAGCCUGCCAGACAAAAGUUGGAUAGGCAGCAAUAUCUCGUUGGAAAUCAUAUCGAAGAACUUUGA